CGAGCAUGGGGCGACGAAGCAGGGAAUCCCGACGUGGAUAAACCGGUUCCUCCUUGCGAUCGUUGGAUGACCGAACGUCUUCUUCGAAGUAAGAAGAUUAGUAGGACCACGACAGGGACGAACGAAGAAUAGGGAAUCCCGACGUGGAUAAACCUGUUCCUCCUUGCGAUCGUUGGAUGACCGAACGUCUUCUUCGAAGUAAGAAGAUUAGUAGGACCACGACAGGGACGAACGAAGAAUAGGGAAUCCCGACGUGGAUAAACCUGUUUCUUCUCAUAGUUGGGAUGACGAACGUCUCCUGCGAAACCAGGAGACCAGUACUCACGAGACUUGGGAAGAACGAAGAACCAGUUCUUUACCGGAGUCUGUUGCGUGCCGAGUGUACACCGCUUAGCGGUCCGUACAUAGGACCACGGAUACGGUAGACGAACGAAGACCAGCCCCAUGGGUCAGACACGCAGGACCAGUUCUCCACCGGAGUCUGUUGCGUACCGAGUGUACACCGCUUAGCGGUCCGUACAUAGGACCACGGAUACGGUAGACGAACGACGAUUAGCUCCCCAGAUCAGGUAGGAGGGACAUCGCCCGGAUUUAUUUCAGGCUCACCAUUCCUUCCCGGAUGGAGUCCUGGCAGACGAUCGGCUUCUCACAGCCAAUCAGGAGAGAGACUUGACACAUCACCAGCACGGCCGAGGGCCGCGAGAGGCCGAGGGCCAUGAGAUGAUCAUCACUAUUUUUAUGCAUCACGAUCGGCCCCUCAGCGCCAUCGUGUCCAGAUUCACGGUUCGGAUCGCCCAUUUCCCUCCAGGAUGGCGACGACCGUCUUAUGCAGUACGAUCGGCCCCUCAGCGCCAUCGUACCCAGCUCACGUUCAGCUCGUCCAUUCCUUCCAGGGUGGCGACGAACGUCUUAUGCAUCACGAUCGGCCCCUCAGCGCCAUCGUGUCCAGAUUCACGGUUCGGAUCGCUCAUUUCCCUCCAGGAUGGCGACGACCGUCUUAUGCAGUACGAUCGGCCCCUCAGCGCCAUCGUACCCAGCUCACGUUCAGCUCGUCCAUCCCUUCCAGGGUGGCGACGAACGUCUUAUGCAUCACGAUCGGCCCCUCAGCGCCAUCGUGUCCUGAUUCACGGCUCGGAUCGCCCAUUCCCUCCAGGAUGGCGACGACCGUCUUAUGCAGUACGAUCGGCCCCUCAGCGCCAUCAUACCCAGCUCACGUUCAGCUCGUCCAUCCCUUCCAGGGUGGCGACGAACGUCUUAUGCAUCACGAUCGGCCCCUCAGCGCCAUCGUGUCCUGAUUCACGGUUCGGAUCGCCCAUUCCCUCCAGGAUGGCGACGACCGUCUUAUGCAGUACGAUCGGCCCCUCAGCGCCAUCGUGUCCUGAUUCACGGUUCGGAUCGCCCAUUCCCUCCAGGAUGGCGACGACCGUCUUAUGCAGUACGAUCGGCCCCUCAGCGCCAUCGUACCCAGCUCACGUUCGGAUCGCCCAUUCCUUCCAGGGUGGCGACGAACGUCUUAUGCAGCACGAUCAGCGCCUCUGUGCCAUCGUGUCUGGCUCAUGUUCGGCUCGCCCAUCCCUUCCAGGAUGGCGACGAACAUCUCUUAUGCAGCACGUCUGCCUCUCGGCGCUGACAUGCCCGGGUAAUCGAUGAGAGCCACCGCUUUCCAUCACAUCUCACAUUCCUUCUCCCAUACAUUGCACCCAUACAUUACAUGCAUUCAUGCAUUCAUGCAUCAUACCUCAUACAUUCAUACAUACACAUGAGCAUCGUGUUUUGACAGUACCGCGACGUCGGUUUAUAGAUGCAUGGACCUCUAAGCUUCUCCGAUUGGAAAGCUCGAGUCAGAGUCCUUACUCCCG